CAGUAACUUCCACCUCCUCCCCCCUGGGCCUUCUCCAGCCCCACCUCCCGUGCCCUGGCCUAGUCCCAGAGCAGGGGAACUGUCUCUGGAGAAGCCCCCACCCCGCAAGCUGCCUAGGCAUGAUGUGGUGGCUGUUCCUCUGGGGGGCCCUCCAGGUCUGCCCCACACAGGGCAGUGUCCUCUUGGCCCAGCAGCUACCCCAGAAGCUGACAUCUCCCCAGUACCCGGAGCCGUAUGGCAAAGGCCAGGAAUGCACCGCUGACAUCGAGGCUCCAGAGGGCUUUGCAGUGAAGCUCCUCUUCAAGGACUUCGACCUGGAGCCGUCCCCGCACUGUGAGCGGGACUCUGUCACAAUCACAGAUGGUGGGACCACCCUGGGCCGGUUCUGUGGGCAGCAGGGACCCUCGCUAGGCAGCACCCCUGGUCAGAGGGAGUUUGUGUCCUCAGGGAGCAGGGUGCAGCUGACCUUCCGCACAGAUGCCUCCUCGAAGAACAAGACCGGCCCUCUCCACAAGGGCUUCCUGGCCCUCUACCAAGCUGUGGCUGUGAACAACAGUCAGCCCAUCAGCCAGGCCAGCGGGGGCUCCGAGGCCAUCAGGACACCUGGAGACAAGCCCUCCAAGGCCCAGAACCACUGCCAAGAGCCGUAUUAUCAGGCCUUGCCAGCAGCUCACUCCUCCAGGACUCUCCCCUGUGCAGCGCAGGGCCCCUGGAAGGACACACGGGAUAGGGAAGAGGUUCCUCAGUGUGUGCCUGUGUGUGGACGGCCGGUCACCCCCAUCGCCCAGCACCAGGAGGCCCCCGGUUCUCCCGGAGCCGGGCCGGGCAGCUUCCCCUGGCAAGCCUUAACCAGCAUCCACGGGCGCGGGGGCGGGGCCCUGCUGGACGACCGCUGGGUGCUCACCGCCGCGCACACCCUCCACCCCAAGGACUGCGUCUUCCAGGGCAAGAACCGGAGCGUGGACGUGUUCCUGGGCCACACACACGCAGAGGAGAUGAUGGAACUGGGAAACCACCCCGUCCGCCGUGUCUUCGUGCACCCGGACUACCGUCAGCACGAGCCCGGCAACUUCAACGCGGACAUCGCGCUCCUGGAGCUCCAGCGCCCCGUCCGCCUGGGCCCCAACCUCCUCCCGGUCUGUCUGCCCGACAGCGAGACCCAGUACCUCAGCGGCCAGUGGGGCUACGUCAGCGGCUUUGGCGUGGAGAAGGGCAGGUUAGCCAAUGCGCUGAAACACUCAAGGCUGCCCGUGGCCCCCAGGAAGGCCUGCGAGGCCUGGCUCCGAAAGCAGCAGAGGACCGAGGUGUUUUCCGACAGUAUGUUCUGUGUUGAGGAGAGGAUGCAGCAGCAGAGCAUCUGCCAGGGGGACAGUGGCAGCGUCUUUGUGGUGUGGGAUGACCGGGCCCGCCGCUGGGUGGCCGCGGGCAUCGUGUCCUGGGGCAUCGGGUGUGGCCAGGGCUAUGACUUCUUCACCAAAGUGCUCAGCUACGUGGACUGGGUGAAGGCAGUGAUGGGGGGAAGGACCGAGCCCGGGGGCGCCUCAGCAGGGACCACCCAGCCCUGUGACCCCGCUGUGCACCCGUGACCUUGCCAUCAAGGGGCACUGCCCCCCACUCCGAGAAGACCAAGUCUUUCCAGUUUUUAGUGAGAACUUGAGGUGAUUUACAGUAAAAGACACAAAUAUAAUACAACGGUUCAAAUGGAAAUAGAAAUAGAAUACCGAAAACAGGGGGGAGACCAAAUUCGUCAGCCAUGAGAGUCAAGGUAGCUAUGUGAUUCAACGGUAACUUUAUCUGUGAAAAACAGCAGGAUUCACGGUCAUUCAUGCAUGUGAUCACUUCUAUUUUUCAAACCUGUGCACAGUACAAAAGACUAAAAAUACUCUUAAAAUAGGGAGGUUGUUUUAGGUGGGAUAAUUUUGGCUGUUUUGUUUUUCCCUACUCUUCUCUAUUUGCCAAACUUUAUUGAAUGAGCAUGUGUAAUUCAUAUUGAAAAAUGAUAUAAGCUUCCAUCUGCCAAGGCAAAUAAAAUAAAAUAUAAAUAUA